AUGGAAGAAAUUUUAUAUGACUGGAAAAAAUUAUCGUUGACAGACGAGGAAGAUGUCAAGCUUAGUCUUCCAAGAUCUAAAAAUCUACGAAGCAAGGAGUACGUGUUGGCUGCCAAAUUCCUAACAAAAAGAGCUCUUAACGUGGAAGCAAUUGGUUGCACAUUCAAACCCCUAUGGAGAGCCAAAAAGGAUUUCAAAGUUCGCAAAGCGGGAGAUCAUGUUCUUCUAUUCAUCUUUGAACUUGAAGCAGAUGCAGAAUGGGUUCUUGUCAAUGAACCCUGGACUUUCGACAAACACGCAGUCCUCCUACAGAGGUUUGAUGGCUUAACACUGCAGAGGUACUUGAGGUUCACAAAAGCGAAAUUUUGGGUGCAAAUAUACAGUCUGCCGAUACGUAUGCUGGAUGCAGAGACGGCAAUCGAACUAGGAGAAACUCUCGGCCAGGUAAGACCAUGUGAAAAUCCUAAUGAGCUAGUGGGGGGGUGA